GACCCUGAGUGCCUAGCGUAUCUCCUUGCUUUCUAUGAUCAUCUUUGUCUUUGGGAAGAAGGCUCCUUAGUUCCCGUGCUCCAUGUCGGCUGGGUCGACAAAUUAAUGGUGAACUUGAUGCGUUUUAAACCACGCGCUAGGCGCCUUCUUCAGCUCCUGCCAGCGGCCGCUUCGCUCCACCCAUCUUCCAAUUUAUCUUCAUCAUCCAUAACUAAUCCUUGCCCUGUCUCUUCAUCUUCAUCUUGUUCCAGACCAGCUUACUUACCUUCUAACAACGAUGUUAGGCCCAUCAUAACUGGUGUAUCACACACACGUCGGCAUGAUCGCAUUUCACACUCCACUCUAUCCACUACGUCAACCACCCCUGAAGCCGUUGACAAUACUUUAACAAGUGUAGAUAACAAUCUACUCACAGUCGGUUCAAGUCGAAAAGGGUUUAUAACUGGACAGUCAAUCAGCUCCACUUCCUUUCGUCAGCGCCUCAGAUCUGCUUCAAAUGCAUCCCCACGGGCUUCGCCCAAGACCUCAACCUCUUCCGCAAAAACACACCUGGCUGUAUCAACUGUCAAGCCCAUCUCACGAAAGAUGCGUUCGGCAGGAACUACUUCCGUCGUCUUCUCCAUUGACUCCCUCGAUGAGACUCCAAAUACUUCAACACUAGAUUCUAGCGGUCCCGAUUCACACCCACCUACUGAGUCUGAUUCCUUAGCCUGUUCAGAUUCCCUUCUACCAGGACUGCCAACAAGACUGGCCAUAUGUCCUCCAGAGGAUGCACCACCAGCUGAUGCCCGUAAUCAUGACCAAGCUGAGUUGGAUCAAGAGUUGCCCUUGACGAUAGUUUCACCACCUGUCGCUUUGGAUAUCACUCCACUGGCUGCUAAUGCCAUGCUUGAGAGUUCUGCUGUAUGCGGGAUAAAUGACAUUGCCAACAGCCUAAGUUGUAGCGUUGCUACUAAUGGAUGCAGUAGCAGUAGUAAUAGUAGCAGCAGCACAUCUAGCCUUUCUUCCAUCGAACAUAACCUCAAUCAACUCUCAUCAUCGCUCCAUGCAGGAGAUAUAAAUCUCUUAACGGGAGAUCCUCUCCAUUCAUUAUCCUUAUCUGUAGAUAAUCAGUCAGAUGAAUCAGGUGAGUUAUAA